AUGGCCGAGGGCUACUUCAGACAGGUCCAACUCGAGGUCAACCCAAGGAAGGCACAGUACUUUGGCUGGACCUGGUCCAGCCAGAGGGACUGGUUUCGGUACGAUGUUAGACCCAUAAUCGUCUGCGGCGAGGUGGCACCUUCUCUCGACGACGCCAAGAUCCGGGAUAUCAAGGACACUAUCGAUAAGGCUGCCCUCAAGCCCUUUCAGAGGCUCCACUGCUACAAAGAGCUCAUCGUUCAACGGCGGCUUUAUACUGUGGCAAAUUCUAUAAACGUCCUGGGUCAAAUUCAGAAGCUAGAUGCGAUGCACGUCAAGGAUGCUAAGAAGUUCCUCCAAGUACCAGGGAGCUUUCCAACUUCCCAUCUCUGGCUGCCGAACAGAAGAGGCGGAUUGGGUAUGCUGCAACUAGCUUUUACGGCGGUAUCUGUUCAGAUUAAAGCAUUGGCCCGCCUUCAGCGAUUGGGAAGCUCCUUCGUGGAUUCCAUCGGGAACGAAGUCUUGGUGACUCAUAUUGACUCCCUCUGCCGAAAGCUCUCCGUACCCACGGGUGUAACCAACGCUAAAGAACUCGACAGACUGCUUCAGGAAGCCCACGGUCGUUGGAUGGUGGAUAUGAAGGGAAGAUACUACAAUAAAUCCAUCUUUGCUUACGAAAGUGACCCGCUGGCGAGCCACUGGCUAAGUUCCGCGUCAAGGCAUCUCAAAGAAGGUGACAAGAUUAAGGCCCUACCCGUGCAGAGCCUUGUUUAA